UCGCAGCGGAAAUGGCGCGUAAUUUAUGACGUCAUAGUCCCUCCUUGCCGUAAUGGCGGCGCAAAGUAGUAGUGGCCUGCUGUAAAAGCAGUUUUAGUCAGUGAAAGAAGAAUCGUAGCAGGAUUGUUUUGUUCCUUGCACGUAAAAAUAUUUUAUAUCACAAAUUUGUAUAUUUAUGGCUAUGAAUGAAGCGGAUGAGUCCGGUAUUAUUCUGAAGACGUUUAGGUUUGAAGAGGAGCAUGAAGAUGGAUUGCGUUCCCUGACAGUUUCAGUCCCUGAGGUUCUUGAUCCGGACUAUGGGAUGUACGUGUGGCCAUGUGCGGUGGUCCUAGCGCAGUACGUGUGGAUGCAAAAAGAGGAAGUACAGGGGAAGAAUGUUCUGGAGCUUGGUGCCGGAGUGAGUUUGCCCGGUACAGUGGCCACAAAGUGUGGGGCAAACGUAGUUCUUUCAGAUAGUGAUGAGCUGCCGCACUGCCUGGACAACUGCCGCCGUACCUGCAAAUCAAACCAGCUGCACAGCGUGCCCGUCGUGGGAAUCACUUGGGGCCAGGCGUCUCCUGACCUGUUGCUGUUAUCUUCUGUAGACAUCAUAUUAGGAUCAGAUGUAUUUUACGAGCCUGAAGCCUUCGAGAAUGUGUUGGUCACCGUCUCCUUCCUCUUACGGAGAAAUGCUCAAGCCCAAUUUUGGACAACUUACCAAGAGAGAAGUGCCGACUGGUCAAUAGAAGCUCUGCUGCACAAAUGGAACCUGACAUGCACAGAAGUUCCUUUAGAUGGUUUCCAUGCCGACAAAGAACAUCUAGCUGGCUCAACACUCCCUGGAAGUCACACGAUACAGAUGCUGAUUAUACAAUUAAAGGAGAAACCGUGAUGAA